AUGAGUGCGCCUAUUUCGCGGUUGAGAAGGACUUUGCCAUUAGCCGCCAGGGUAUGUCGCCGAGCCUACGCUACGGCGCCGAGCACCACUAGCCUACCUCCUCCGCGACUCAACUACAAGAACAUCAGCGAGAAUGUGGUCUACAAGGCCACGAACGCGAUGAACCGCAAGUGUGGGGUCACCCUUGACGAUGUGCAGGACGUUGCACGCACGCACAAGGAGGUGAAGGCCGUCACGAACCAGCUGAAUGCUUUGCGGAACACUCGAUCCAUGAUCGGGGAGCGCAUACGGCGGGCGGCGCAGCAGAAGGACGACAAGGGGAAGGAGGAAGCUAUGAUUGAGGCAACGAAUGUCAAGAAGGAGAUUGCGACGCUCGAGGACAAGCUAGCGACUCUGGAGCAGCAACUGCUUAGGCUCGCGCUGGCUAUUCCGAACGACACGCACCCGGACGCACCACUAGGACCGGAGGAUGCAGCGGUCACACUCUCUACACAUGGACCGGAACCCAUUCCAGCUGACCCGAGACGAGAUCAUGUUGCCUUCUGCAAGAAGUUCGGCCUGCUCGACCUCGAGAGCGGCGCCACCGUCUCCGGUACCUCCUGGGUCUACCUCACCAACGAAGCCGCCUUACUCGAAUUGGCGCUCACAAACUACGCCCUCUCCAUCGCCGUCAGACAUGGCUUCACCCCCGUCAUGCCCCCUGACGUCGUCCGCGCGGACGUCGCGUAUCGCUGCGGCUUCCAACCUCGGGACGAUCAGGCGUCCCAAAUAUACGAUGUCUCCACCCCCACUUCCUCCUCUCAAGACCUCAUCCUAGCGGGUACUGCCGAAAUUCCCCUAGCAGGCAUGUUUGCGAACAAGAUUUUCCCGUCUACCUCCCUGCCGCGUAAGGUGGUAGGCAUGGGACAUGCAUUCCGAGCUGAGGCGGGCGCGCGCGGGGCGGAUACCCGCGGCUUGUAUCGGGUGCACCAGUUCUCGAAGGUCGAGCUGUUUGCGGUGACCGACGCUGAGUCUAGCGAGGCCAUGAUGGCUGAGAUGGCCAGCAUCCAGACCGAGAUACUGCGGGGCCUCGGUCUCUCACUAAGAGUCCUUGACAUGCCCACCGAGGAGCUCGGGGCGUCCGCAUACCGCAAGACCGACAUCGAGGCUUGGAUGCCUGGCCGCGGAAAGUGGGGCGAACUAUCCUCCCUCUCCAACUGCACAGACUACCAAUCUCGCCGCCUUCAUAUCCGCUACCGCCCACAAGCCCUGGCAGCAGCAGCUGGCACAACUACACCAGUUCCCGCGGGCGCCCUUCCCUUCGCACACACCCUCAACGGCACCGCUGCCGCCAUCCCUCGCCUCAUCGUCGCCCUCAUCGAGAACGGCAUCACCUUCGACGAGGCAGGCGAAGCUAUCGGCCUCGCUCUCCCCGAAGCCCUCAAACCCUUCUGGCUCCAAGCCUCUACUCCCCGAAUACCCAUAUCGUGGACGUGA